AUGCAGUUUUAUUUACAGGUGAUUCUUAUUGUAUCUACCCUGGUAAUCUUUGGUAUAUAUUUCAUUCUGAACAAGGAGGAACCCGUGGUGGUAACUGAGGAGACUCUGAGGUACGUCAAGAAGCAGAUAGAUGACAACGCUGUAUUUGUUGCCGUAAAGACAUGGUGCCCUUACUGUAAAGCGACGAUUGUUACAUUGCUUGACCAAAUGAAAGUGCCUGCUAGUAAGAUCAAGGUGCUGAAAUUGAAUGAACUAAAGCACGGCCGUGAGAUCCAAGAGGCUUUGUUUCAGAUGAACGGACAGAAGACGGUGCCUCAUAUAUACAUAAAUCAAAUAUUCAUUGGUGGGAAUAGUGAUUUGGAGGAGUUGAGAGUGUCUGGGAAGUUAAGAAACCUAUUGGGAGAGGUCAUAGAAAAGGACAAGAAGUAA